UUCUGAUCCUGUACAUUUGUGUUUAGCGUACGAGAGGUUAAUUUUUUCUCCAACGUGUACAGAACAACAGAAACCAUAUUAAUGUAGAUUGUUUAAUCUUAAAGAUAAUAAAUUAAUCAACAAUAUGUAAUAUUAGGAUUGAAAAUGUGUUCGUGAUUUUACAAAAGUUCAAUAGGUGAUGAAAUUUCAUCGCGAACUGUUUUAACGGCAUCAAGGAAAAAGAAAGCAAAAUCCAUGUCGACUCUAACGCGCAUGCGAUUUAUCAAUAGUGGGGGGAUCCUUCGCGAGAAAAUAUUCCAUAUUUUCGACCGUAGACAAAUAUCUACUCCUGCUGUAAAAGGAAAAACGAUGGGUAAAUUGACUCAAGAGGAAAGGGAAAAAGACUUGAAACCAUUAUUGUCAAAUGGUUGGUCAAUUGAGUCAAAUAGGGAUGCCAUUUACAAGGAGUUUUUGUUUAAAAACUUUAAUCAGGCUUUUGGUUUUAUGACAAGAGUGGCUCUGCAAGCAGAAAAAAUGGACCAUCAUCCUGAAUGGUUUAAUGUUUAUAAUAAAGUAAACAUUACUCUCUCUUCUCAUGAUGUAAAUGGUUUAUCAAAAAGAGACAUUAAACUUGCUACAUUUAUAGACAAAACUACCACGGAUGCAAAUUGAAACUUGAAUUAUACAAUAUUGUAUGUCUAUAAAUCUUGGA